ACCCAUGCACACAUAGAAUCUCAUUCCUCAUUUCCCCUCUUCUCUCUUGAAAGAAACCCCAUUUCCCCAGUCACACAGACCCCAUUGUCUUUUGGACUCUUCCUUCUUCUUCUUCUCUCUAUUGGGUCUCCCCCAUUUUCUUGAAUAAUUCUCCUGCUCUGUUCUUGAGCCCCUCAUCUUUCUUUUCUUGCCCAUAAAAAGAGACCCAAUUUCUUUUGUUGCUUUCUCAGCAACUUCUCUGCUAUAAAUCCCAUUGACAAGCACACAAAGACCCACCAAGCCUCAACCUUUUUCACUUUGUUAGGGGUUGGGUUCAUCUAUUUCUUCUUCCUCAAAUUCACCCUCCAAAACCCACAAAGCAAUUUUUCACCUGGGUCUCUUUCUUGCUUCUAGGGUUUCGUCAGCUCUGCUCAGAAUCACAAACGCUGAUGGGAAGCAAGGUCGAAUUCGAAGACUACCCGUUCCACUACUCCCACCCAGAAUCAAAUUCCAUUUAGGCAUUUCGAUUCUGCACUUGCUGAGCUCCGAAUUUGAUUCUGGGUCCUCUCAAUUUUCUCUCAUGGGUUGUGUCCAUGGCAAGUGCUGCGGUCGUUUCCCCAAGUCCUCCGACGGCGACCCUCGGGAGUUCAGAGACCACGGUGGAGCGAGGAAGCAGCACAUACUCACAGAGAGGUCCUUGGAGAUUGUCCCGGUGCCUUCACACAGCUUCAAUUUGGAGUACACUGUGCUAACCCAGAAGGGUUACUAUCCCGACUCGCCGGAUAAGGAGAAUCAGGACAGUUUCUGUGUCAAAAUCCAGGUGCAAGGUAACCCAAAUAUCCAUUUCUUUGGUGUGUUUGAUGGGCAUGGUCAAUUAGGUACAGAGUGUUCUAGUUUUGUUAAGGAUAGGCUGGUUGAGGUGUUAGCAGAUGAUCCCACAUUGCCUUAUGACCCUGUGGGGGCUUACCAUUCAGCUUUUUUAACCACGAAUAAUGAGUUGCAUAGUAGUGUGAUUGAUGAUACUAUGAGUGGUACCACUGCGAUUACGGUGCUUGUGGUUGGGAAUAUGUUGUAUGUUGCGAAUGUGGGGGAUUCGAGAGCUGUGAUUGCGGUGAAGGAUGGUAAUAGGAUUGUAGCGGAGGAUAUGUCUUGUGACCAAACACCGUUUAGGAAAGAUGAGUAUGAGAGAGUGAAGCUGUCCGGGGCCAGGGUUUUGAGUGUUGAUCAAGUGGAAGGGCUUAAGGAUCCGAAUAUUCAGAGUUGGGGUGAUGAAGAGAGUGAGGGUGGUGAUCCUCCGAGGUUGUGGGUUCCGAAUGGGAUGUAUCCUGGGACUGCGUUUACAAGGAGUGUGGGUGAUAGUACUGCUGAGAAGAUUGGUGUUGUUGCAACUCCGGAAGUGUCAGUGGUUCAGCUGACUCCGAAUCAUCUUUUCUUUGUUGUUGCAAGUGAUGGGGUUUUCGAGUUCCUCUCAAGCCAAGCUGUUGUGAAUAUGGCAGCAAAAUAUUCAGAUCCUCGGGAUGCAUGUGCUGCCAUUGCUGGAGAAUCAUAUAAGUUAUGGUUGGAAAAUGAAAACCGAACAGAUGAUAUAACAAUUAUCAUUGUUCACAUCAAAGGCUUGUCUAAUUCAGCUGCUGGUGCUUCAGAUGGAACAGAUGGGAGCACUAAUAGAGGUGCAAGGAGGAGGAGGAAAGGGAAUUCUGGGUCAUCUUUUAACAGCGGGUCGGAAGUUUUCCGUUCAGUGAGAAGUGAUUCCUCAGAGAUACAGUCUUGUCAGCUUGUGCUUUCGAUGAAUCGAAACCCGGCUAUUGUUGUGCCAUCUCCUACAUGUCAGAGCCCUAGGAAUAGCGACUGAACUGAAAGGCAUUACAAAAGUUGCCACACAUCUUGGUAUUUUUCUCAAAUGGAUGUGGGUUAGUGGUACCAGCAACAGAAGCAGUUGGUUCUGCAUAUACUAGAUAAUUUGGACCCUAAUCUUUGGGUUGCUAAUCUCACUAAAGACACUGUUUCUGACCAUAUCAUGUCGCUUGGACAAAAACGUACUGUUCUUGAGUUGUAGCUUGUGCAUCUGCUAAUCCAGAAAGGGGAGGGAUGAAAAUGUAGGAGGAUCAUGUAGGAUGUCUCUUUACAUGUAUUUGAAGGGCAUAUUCCUUGUACCUAAUAUGUAGAAAUGAAUGCUUCGGUUGCAACUCUUCAUCCCCCAAAACUGAAAGUUGACGACAAUAGUUGCCGACUUGCCAUGGUGAUAAUGAUGCUUCCUGUUCAAUUUUGUUGAGUUGAGAAGUUGCAGCAAUGAUGGGAACGUUUGAGAUUGUAACUGAAUGUGACCUUAUCAUGCUCUUUCCUUUUCUUUUCCUUCCGAAUUGACAACACCUUCAGUCUGAUAGUGACUCUGUCUUCACUUUUCUAAGCCACCUGAAAG